AUGUCCAACGAGGAAGCUGCAAAGAAAAACAGUGUCGUAGUGAAGGUUGGCAUGGUCGGUGAUUCUCAAAUUGGUAAAACAAGUUUAAUGGUCAAAUAUGUGGAAGGCUCCUUUGACGAAGAUUAUAUUCAAACUUUAGGUGUUAACUUUAUGGAAAAAACAAUUUCAAUAAGAAACCAUGAAAUCACAUUUAGUAUAUGGGAUCUUGGAGGUCAACGUGAAUUCGUAAAUAUGUUGCCUUUAGUAUGUAAUGAUGCCGUUGCGAUACUCUUUAUGUUUGAUUUAUCACGAAAGUCCACAUUGAAUAGUAUUAAAGAAUGGUAUAGACAAGCUAGAGGAUUUAAUAAAACUGCCAUUCCUUUCCUCAUCGGAACAAAAUAUGAUCAAUUUGCAAAUUUUCCCAAAGAAGAACAGGAAGAGAUUACCAAACAGGCUCGUCGUUUUGCUCGUGCCAUGAAAGCUUCUUUGAUAUUUUGUUCAACAUCCCAUUCCAUUAAUGUGCAAAAGAUUUUCAAAAUAGUUCUUUCAAAGGCUUUUGACCUCAAAUGUACCAUCCCAGAAAUUAAGGAAGUCGAUGUUGGUAUGGCAAAUUAUCAAAUAACAGUCCCUGCAAAUUUACUCUUUAGUGCUUUUCCUGGUAGCGUUCCUACAAGAGCACCAAGUAAUUUCAACCUAGAUUUAUGGAUAUUACAGCAACGAGCUAUACGUUAUCUG